CCUAAAAUGAAUCUAAAUCCCCGCCACUGAGUAAAAGUCAAUAUUCUCAAAAUGACGUUUUUCAAAUUGUUCUAGCACAUUGAUACGAAAAAUGGUUAUAUUUUAUAUGGCAAAUCUGUUUAUGAUUAAUUAUUGUACGUUUAAAAACAAUGUUCCGAGUUUAGCUUGGGCUUGAAAAAAUUUAACGAUAGCACAAUGGUUAUUAAAAAUCUUUCUGAAGUAUGUAAAGAAGAGCAAGUAGAAUUUGUUAAUAGUUUUGAUAGAUUAUUACUUGACCUUGAUGGAGUAGUAAGAGUGGCUUAUGUCCCCAUACCAGAUGCCGCAGUUUGCAUAGAAAACUUUAAAAAAUUGGGAAAGCCAGUGCAAUUCGUAACAAAUAUGGCAUUCACUCCUGCAGAAAUAACACACGAACGGUUAAUAAACGAUAAAUUCAAUGUCGAAUUAGAAGAUAUCGUGAAUCCAUAUUUGGCAGUUGUUGAUUAUUUAAAGAAAAUUAAUUUCCAGAAAAAAAUAUACGCCAUAGCAUCACAAUCUUAUAAAGAGAAAUUAAAGAGUGAGGGAUUCAAACUUGCAGAAGAUCCGCCACAACUUAUUGAGGAAAACCUUACAUCACUUUUUCAAAAUAUUCAGGACGAUGAGGAAGUGGGUGCCGUUCUAUAUGAUUUUGAUAUAAAUCUAACUUUUAUUAAACUCCAAAAAGCACUCACGUACCUAAAAAGGCAAGACUGUUUAUUUGUGACUGGUGGAGCAGAUAAAUUUUUACCUGUAGGCCCAACGGGACCCCUCUUAGGUAAUUUUUAUAACUUUAAAGGAUUAACCGAAACGAGCGGAAGAACUCCCAUACAACUGGCUAAACCUUCUAAACAUUAUAGUAAAUUUAUUACAGAAAGGUUCCAAAUAAAAAAUCCAGCUAAAGUAUUAUUUAUUGGCGACAUGAUAAAUGAAGAUAUGGGAUUUGCAAACGAAUCCGGAUUUAAAAAAUUACUCGUUCUUAGCGGAAGUACAAAGAUAGACUCUGUAAAAAAUUGGAAACAUCCUGAAGAGUACAAGCCAAAUUAUUACAUAGAAAAUUUGACAGAAUUAAAUAAAAUAAUUCGGACCAACCACAAAUUAUAAAUUAAAUACUAAAACUGAUAAGAUAAUGAAAUUGUGUUUAUUAACAAAUUAUAAAAUUUUAUAUUUUAAGAUAAAUUUGAUAUAGUUAAAUGAUUAUUCUGAUUUACUACCACUGUGCAUCUACCCAUAGGUUUAUUUCUGUAGAUAAGAACCAAUUUCAUGAUCAAGGAGGCUUCAAUAUAAAACAGACACUUUAAACAAGGUAUCCCAAUGAAAAGUAGCCCGUUUCUAUUUGAUAAAAUUUGGUUACGGUGAAUUUAAGAGAGGAGAUUUUUAAAAAACACCCUGAAUAGGUAAUACAUAAUGUAUGUGUCACUAAAGCAAAACUUAUAGCAAAAUAACACAUAUCAGCAAAAACCGCACGUUUCUACGAUUUGUUUAAAAGUUAU